GAAGUUUUGUGAAGUUUCAAGGUCAGAGGAAAGGUUGGAGCAAACAUUUGGUGUUGAGUUCAAAGACAGAUGAAGUUAUACGAAGUCAUACGGUCAGAAAGAAGGGUUGGAGCGAAAUUUUAGUUUUGGGGUUGGCAAAACAAAAUGGCGAACAACUCAUCUAGUUCCACACAGAAGGACGUCUUCAUUUUCAGAAUAACGCCGUCAGUCGCGUUUUUGACAAUGUCUUUUCUGGUCUCAACGCUUGCAAUUGUGCUCAACAGUCUGGAAAUUCGCCUCAUUAUUAAAGGUUUUAAAACAGCAACAGAUUUCGAGCUGGUUCUCCUGAACCUUGCAAUUGCUGAUCUCUUGAGCGGCCUAGACUUUGCUGGAAUCUCAGCCCUGACAACGCACGCUUACUUAAACAAAUUGGAGAAUUUUGAAAAACAUUUUGUGUGGUUCUUUGCGUUCAUUGUUUUAUCAGUGUCAACAUCAACAACAUUUGUAAUUGUCAUUGGCCUAGAGCGGUUUUUCGCCAUUAAAGUGCCACUCAAACAUCGAAUGUUCCACACGGAUAGACGCCGGCUUCUUUACUGUUUACUUGGCACGUGGACGUUAAAUGUCUUAUUAACUGUUUUGACUUUUGUAAUCGACUAUUACACCUCCUCCGCAGGGGGAACAUAUCUCGGCUCAGAUAAUAUGAUAUACAUAUUAGCAGGUUUACUGACCUUCGGAUGCCUGUUGACUUUAGUCCUUUAUACAUGGCUAGGCCAUUUGAUAUUGCUUCGAUCUGUGAAGCUGCUUGACUUCGACAAGAAGGAUGCUAGCAUCAACCCUAGAGUAAUGAGGCGAGCGAUGAAGAAAGAGAAAGCAACGAUUUUAGCUUGCACUUUAGUUCUUGUGUCCUUUUUGGUGUGCAAUUUGCCCCUUGUUGUUGGUCUUUAUCAAAAAAAGUUGGAUCAAACAAGUGGAAUACUGAUUAAAAUGAACGCUGUCUGCAACCCACUGGUCUACUUCUUUAAAAGCUACUUAGAGAGGCGUUAUGCAAGGAAAAACACAAUACCAUCCAAGGAGAUUUCCCAUGAGAAAUCACCCAAAGCUGGUUCAGAAAAUUCAACGAAUUCAACACAAGAAAAAAAUAAUGGAUAUGAGAGUUCAAAGAAAACGGACGAAGGCGCAAAAGACAGAUAUCAGGAUCUGCAAGGUGGAAUUAAACAGAACAGGGAACACGAGUCAAAGGCUAACGGUCAUGGUCCACAGGUUCAAGGCCAAAGUCCAAAGGUCAUUGAAGAAAUGAUCCAAGAGAACGAUGAAACCAUUGACAGAAAUAUGGAAGAUGAAGUGGGAAUCCAUCAAAUUGUGCUCGGCGAAAAAGGAUUCUUGAACCAUGGAAUGAAUGAUACCAAAAGUUCAAAAGACAUAAAUCCUCAAAUUAGCACCCCCUUGGAAUGAUCGCACUUCGAAUAAGCAGUGCUCCUAAUGGGCGCCGCUACUCGCAAAUGUGAAUUCGUUCCAUGUUGAUACCUUCGUCCACCCCCUUCGCAUGAACGCCCCCUACAAACAGAUCAUU